UUGUGCCCCUCGCAAGGGAGCCGAACCCAAAGCACAGAGCGCCGCGACAAGACAUGCCAAUGCAAAUCACUCUCGGUGCACGCUCGACCCUGCACCAGCACGUGCCAUGGGAGUUUUGUGCUUCAAUAAGUAAUAUUGAAUGAUAAGACGCGGAGAAUGAGGGGGAAGAAGAGGCCAUGCACGAGAUGGUGCCCAUGCAAAAUGAGUCUUCUCUCGCUCUGGCUUUGACAGCAGCGCCCUCAUAGAUUGUUCUGUAUAGAUUUUGGGGUUGGGCACCGUGAUAGUCGGGGCCUUUACCAGGAUGUUGUCCAGCGUGCGCCUCGCUGCCCUUCGGGCGGGCAAGACCAACAGCGUCUUCCAGGCCGUCCGCGCCUUCGCUGCGGAGCCUGCUGCUGCGGCGACUACUGAUGCCGGCUUCGUCAGCCAGGUCAUCGGCCCUGUGGUGGAUGUGCGUUUCGAUGGCGAGCUGCCUUCGAUUCUGAGUGCUCUGGAGGUGCAGGGGCACAAUGUGCGCCUGGUGCUGGAGGUGGCGCAGCACAUGGGUGACAACACCGUGCGCUGCGUGGCCAUGGACAGCACUGAUGGUCUGGUGCGUGGCCAGAAGGUGGUGAACACCGGCUCCCCCAUCAAGGUGCCGGUGGGCCGUGGCACUCUGGGCCGCAUCAUGAACGUGAUUGGCGAGCCCGUCGACGAGCAGGGCCCCAUCGAAUGCUCGGAGGUGUGGUCCAUCCACCGCGAGGCUCCUGAGUUCACUGAGCAGAGCACUGAGCAGGAGAUCCUGGUGACCGGCAUCAAGGUCGUGGACCUGCUGGCUCCCUACCAGCGUGGUGGCAAGAUCGGUCUGUUCGGUGGUGCCGGUGUGGGCAAGACCGUGCUGAUUAUGGAGCUCAUCAACAACGUCGCUAAGGCGCACGGUGGUUUCUCCGUGUUCGCCGGUGUCGGCGAGCGCACCCGUGAGGGCAACGACCUGUACCGUGAGAUGAUUGAGUCGGGUGUGAUUAAGCUUGGCGACAAGCGCGGCGAGUCCAAGUGCACCCUGGUGUACGGCCAGAUGAACGAGCCCCCGGGUGCCCGUGCCCGUGUGGCCCUGACGGGUCUGACUGUGGCCGAGUACUUCCGUGACGUGGAGGGCCAGGACGUGCUGCUGUUCGUGGACAACAUCUUCCGCUUCACGCAGGCGAACUCGGAGGUGUCUGCCCUGCUGGGCCGCAUCCCCUCGGCCGUGGGUUACCAGCCCACCCUGGCCACCGAUCUGGGUGGCCUGCAGGAGCGCAUUACCACCACCACCAAGGGUUCCAUUACCUCGGUGCAGGCUGUGUACGUGCCCGCCGAUGACCUGACGGAUCCCGCCCCCGCAACCACCUUCGCGCAUCUGGACGCCACCACCGUGCUGUCCCGCUCGAUUGCCGAGCUGGGCAUCUACCCCGCCGUGGACCCCCUGGACUCCACCAGCCGCAUGCUCAACCCCAACAUCAUUGGCGCCGAGCACUACAACAUCGCCCGUGGUGUGCAGAAGGUGCUGCAGGACUACAAGAACCUGCAGGAUAUUAUUGCCAUUCUGGGUAUGGAUGAGCUGAGCGAGGAGGACAAGCUGACCGUGGCGCGCGCCCGCAAGAUCCAGCGUUUCCUGUCGCAGCCCUUCCAGGUGGCCGAGGUGUUCACCGGCACCCCCGGCAAGUACGUGGACCUGAAGGACACCAUCUCCGCCUUCACCGGCAUCCUGCAGGGCAAGUACGACGACCUUCCUGAGAUGGCUUUCUACAUGGUGGGCGGCAUCCACGAGGUGGUGGAGAAGGCCGACAAGCUGGCCAAGGACGUGGCGGCCCGCAAGGACGAGAGCAAGAAGGCCAAGUCGUCUGAGGCGCUGAAGGACGUGCCCAGCCUGGAGAAGAUGGCGGGCGAGAUCAAGGACGAGGUGAUUGACGCCGACGACAGCCUGGAGGAGGACUUCAAGGCGGAGGCCAUCAGCAGCGAGAACAUGGUGCUGAACGAGAAGGGCGAGAAGGUGCCCCUGCCCAAGAAGUAAGCGGCUAGGCCGCAGCAGCAGGAGUGCAGAUAGCCUUAGGGAGCAUUCGGUGACGCCCGCUCGCCGCUCCGGCGGCGGCUGUAGCAGUAAUAAUUCGUUGCUGACAGAGCCCGGGAGUUGAGGGGGCGGCAGCUGGGCGCGCAGCCUUGCGCAGUGGCUGCGCCAUGGUCGCGUCGCGUGUCUGGGUCUGCCUGUGUGCCUGGCGCACAGCAGCCCGGGCUGUUCGGAAGCGCACGGCCGGGUGCAUCACGCUGGUGCACGGCUUAGGAACGCGGGCGUCGCGGGGCUGUGCGCGGAUGCGAAUUUGGCUCUGUGCUCAUUAUCGUUCAGAGUGUGUUUGGUCUAGUGCACGCCCGAGCAGUGGGGUGGGUCCGCGGCUAGUGCGGAGGCAGGGCGGUGCAGGCUUAUAAGGCUUAGGAACCUGACCGGAUUGGGACUCGAGGGAUCAGUCAGUCAAAGAUGUCACCAUGGUGCGGCCUGAGUCGUCAGGCCGGCUUGGUUGGCGAGGAUCAGGGCGGGUGCGCAGGGAGUUGUUGAUGGCGGGGCCAUGUCAGCAUGGGACCCCCUGGCGGCGGACCUCCACUCCUAGCAGAGCGAGACAGUAGAUGUGUGUCUAUGCGGUGUCAAGGGUACGGACUGCGACAAGGUAUGUGUGUGCGCGUGCGUAGGCAGGCAGAAGAGUUGGGGGCAGCAGCUCCUGUAAGGACAUCACCCA